UGAUGUCACCAGUGUUGUAGUGACAACCAGUGCCCUAGUUUCUCUCAGUCUGAGUCUGGCGAUUACCCCAUAAGACAUGUUUUCCCGUCUUCUCAAGCGUUUUGGGAGGGGGAACAUCGAUUGUGGAGAAACUAGAGUGAAGGAGUCUAGCGUUUUGUCCCAAAGUAAUGAUGGACCACAGGGCUUCUGGGGAAUGUGGAGUACGUUCUGGGCAGUGUAUGUUGAGCUUCCUGUCAGGGGGGCUGCAGGCUUAAGCUGACCUUUCUAGCAAUGGGCCACAACAACCAGAACAGCUAAAAAGGAAUUGAUUUUCCACGAAUAUCACAAUUCCUGAGGGUCAAGGAAUUCAGAACUUUGGUUUACCCAUCCCCACAGGGAGGAUAUGACACUGGGAGAGAAACAUCAUCCUCUUGGACAGACCUAAGUAAGAAGCAGGCCAAGAAGGAAAGGAGAGGCUGAUUAAAGAGCUGCAGCUCAUUACCGAGGAGAGAAAUGACCUGAGAGAUCGCCUGAGGUUUCUGACAGAGAGAUCCAUGAACAACAGGCCCUAUUUCAGGCCAAAUCCAUAUUAUGAAGAUCUGGAGAGAAUGGAGGAGGUGGUCAUGUCAAUUCUGCACAACUUAGUGAUGGAGAACACUGAGAUCCAUGAGAACAACCAUGAGCUGAAGAAGGAGAUGACCUUCUCUAGAAACCUGCUCAACCAGCUCCUGAUGGAGAACACAUGUAGGAAGAAGUUGCUCCCACUGAAGCAGGAGAGCAAGGAGGUACAUCUUGAUUGUGCACUGCACCAGAAAUAUUUGGUUGACUUCAACAAGAAAGAUAAAGACCAGCAACCUCCAGACCCAGCAUCAUCUGGUCUCAGAAAGUGCAAGAGAGCUAGAAUUGGACACACACCAGUAAGAGAGCUUCCUGAAGAAUAAGUUGCUUUCUCAGGAGUCCCUGAUGACAAACAUCCUGAACGAAAACACCACUUGAGAGACAACUUGGGGGACUGCCUUUCAUUAUGUGUGCUAGAGGAGAAACAGCAAUACAUCUGUGCUUCUAAAUGUUAAGAAUAUGCUGUUUAGAAAUAUUUUUGUUAUGAUUUUAAUUGAAGUUUUCUUUUUGUUGUUUCAUAUUUAUAUGUUCUUGUUACUAUUUUUCACUUUCAAAUAUUUUUACAUAUUUUUAUUUAUUCAUUUUAAUCCUGUUUUGUUGUAAAAAUAUAUUCGUUAUGAAUAAAAAUUGAAUUCUA